CAGCCGCUGCCUGGAAGGGAAUCCGUUUCUUGCUUGCUCUGUUUUGCUCCAAGGAGUGUCCCGAUCAUGGAUGGGCUCCGGGCUAGUGCAGGAUUGCUGAGGCGAGGGCGACUGCGGCGCCGGCGCCAGUCCCAGUCACACAGCGGGUCCGUCCUGACUCUGCCCUUGAGGCCAAGGAAGAUCCGAAGGCAGCUGAGGAGAAGUGUUGGGUCCCGCAUGGCCGCGCUGAGGGCCCAGACACUGCCGAGCGAGGACUCGGAGGACUCGCGGGUGGAGUCGGCGGUCGACGAUUCCGGUGAACCGCUGUCCGGUGGGGCGGCGGCGGCCAUACCGGAUGCGGCCCGGCGAGAGUCGUACGACCACCUCGGGCCUGCAGAGCUGCUGGCGGCUCCGCUGGAGGCCCCGCCCGCGGCCCGCUCCCUGCAGACUCCCCGGGCCCUGGUGGAGGCGCAGACCCCGCCGGCCCGCCUGGUGGAGGCGCAGACUCCGCCGGCUCGCCUGGUGCCGGCUUCGGUGCCCGCCCGCGUGGUGGAGACGUCGGCCCUGCCGUGCACUGCCUCGCACUUAGCUGUCCCACCGGCCGUGGCCCCUGCGACGCUGUCGGGGCCUCAGGGGGAUAGCACCGGCGGGGAGCUGCCCCGGGGCUCCCCGCUGCAGCGUGUCCUGGCCGAGCUGAACCGCAUCCCCAACAGCCGCCGGCGGGCUGCGCGCCUCUUCGAAUGGCUCAUCACGCCCAUGCCGCCAGAGCAUUUCUACCGGCGCCUAUGGGAGCGGGAGGCGGUGCUGGUGCGGCGGCAGGACCACAACUACUAUCAGGGUCUUUUCUCUACCGCGGACCUGGACGCGAUGCUGCGCAACGAGGAUGUGCAGUUCGGCCAGCACCUGGACGCCGCGCGCUACAUCAACGGGCGACGCGAGACCCUGAACCCGCCCGGCCGCGCCCUGCCCGCCGCAGCUUGGUCCCUAUACCAGGCUGGUUGCUCCCUGCGCCUCCUCUGUCCGCAGGCUUUCUCCACCACCGUGUGGCAGUUUUUGGCUGUACUCCAGGAGCAAUUUGGAAGCAUGGCGGGCUCCAACAUUUACCUCACGCCCCCCAACUCACAAGGCUUUGCCCCCCACUACGACGACAUCGAGGCUUUCGUGCUUCAGCUGGAAGGUAGGAAACUCUGGCGUGUUUACCGACCCCGUGUCCCGACCGAGGAGCUGGCCUUGACAUCCAGUCCCAACUUCAGCCAGGAGGACCUGGGUGAGCCGGUGCUGCAGACUGUGCUGGAACCUGGGGAUUUGCUCUAUUUUCCUCGGGGCUUCAUUCACCAAGCCCAGUGCCAGGAUGGUGUACACUCUCUGCACCUCACCUUGUCCACAUACCAGCGUAAUACCUGGGGCGACUUCCUGGAGGCCGUACUACCUCUGGCUGUGCAGGCUGCAAUGGAAGAAAAUGUGGAGUUUCGAAGAGGUCUACCCCGAGACUUCAUGGAUUACAUGGGGGCACAGCAUUCAGAUUCUAAGGAUCCGCGGAGAACUGCUUUCAUGGAGAAGGUGCGGGUCUUGGUAGCUCGCCUGGGACACUUUGCCCCUGUCGAUGCCGUGGCUGACCAACGAGCCAAAGACUUCAUUCACGAUUCUCUGCCCCCUGUGUUGACUGAUAGGGAGAGGGCAUUGAGUGUUUAUGGGCUCCCAAUUCGCUGGGAAGCUGGACAACCUGUAAAUGUUGGUGCGCAGUUGACUACAGAAACAGAAGUCCACAUGCUUCAGGAUGGGAUAGCUCGGCUGGUGGGUGAGGGAGGCCAUUUGUUUCUGUAUUAUACAGUGGAAAACUCCCGUGUUUAUCAUCUGGAAGAGCCCAAGUUCUUGGAGAUAUUCCCCCAGCAAGCUGAUGCCAUGGAACUCUUGCUCCGCUCCUACCCAGAGUUUGUGAGAAUAGGGGACCUGCCCUGUGACAGUGUGGAGGACCAGCUUUCCUUGGCAACCAUGUUAUAUGACAAGGGGUUACUGAUCACCAAGAUGCCUCUAACCCUAAACUAGUUUCUUGUAGAUUGCUGGAAAUAAGACAGCAGUGGUUUUCCCCUGCCACCAGCACUUUUCUUUUAAAAACUCAUGUUCUUACCUUAAUAACCUUCAUUGAACUGUGUGCUCACAUUUACCUUUAUGACUGCUUCAAUGUCGCAAGCCUCGGACGGUCUUCUAGGAAUAACCACCUCAUCUAGUUGGAAGAAACUUCCCCAAAUCUGGCAAGUGAAUAUUCUCAUGGUUGGUGGAAAAGAACCUGUGCACCAGAAGGAGCACUGGACUUGCAACCAGAAGACCUGGGUUUGGGGUGGUGGCUGGUAGGCAGCUGGCUGAAUGACCGGAGGCUGCUGCUGCUACACCUGGUCACGCAGAUUUUGUCAGAAAUAACAGGGAGCUACUCACCCUUCAAAAGGGCAGUCUGCAUGAUGUCCCGGGCAAGGGGAUCAUGUGACUGUAUGGCAUAUUGGCAUACUGCUGCCGCCAUCUGCACGUUGGCAUUCUUGUCACAAAGAGCAGCUUUUAGGGUGGGCUGUAGAGCCUCUGGCAAGUCCUGGACAGGUGGAUCUUUCACAGUCUCCACAUCUGUGAUCAGAAGAGGGCCAGGAGAAAAAAUGAAGAGAUACUUAGGAGGGAGAAACAAUGGAACUUUUUUUUUUUUUAAAUAUACUUGCAAUCAUCCAUUUAUUAUAAUCAGAAAGGAUACAGAUGAAGAGACACAUCAGGCAAGGUCUUGGAGAGGUCCCAGCAUGAGGCUCCUGCUGACCCCAGGGACAUACCACCCUCUCCCAUGCAUGAAUAUUUUUGCCAAUGCAGGAAGCCCUCCUGCUUCCAUGUUAAGGACCUCAAAAAAUGUAUAUCAAAACAAUGGAAUUUAGUGAUUAAUUGGUUAUGGGAAGAGGAAGAAGUUGUCCAGAAUGACUUUAGGGUCCUGGCCCAGAAACUGGGGCUGUUAAUAGAGAUGGGGUCUACGGGGACAGUAAUGAGUUCAGUUUUGGACAUACUAAGUUUGAGAUGUGCUGUCAAGAGAAGAGUUAAAAUGGAGUUGGAUGGAAAGUGUUUUUUAAAAUGUAGUUUUUUACUGUUAGGAAUGGCAUCUCUCAAAGUGGGAAAAUGUGAACUUCCUCUGCAAGCUACUGAACAAACAGAAGACAAUGAAGUGUACAAAAGGUUCUUUCAUACCUAACUCAAUUUCCUGAGAUGAUAAAUAAAAUGGUUAUCAGAAGAUGUGUGUAUAUUACUAUUCUGACUUCCCCCAGAUCAAUCUCAAAUACUAUUUUUAAAAGUUUGAUGUGUAAACUCCUAUAGCAUCAUUCAUUAAAUGUUCCAUAUCCUGAGGGGAGGUGUGCAGCACCUGUGGGGAAAAAAAAUGCCUGUGAAGCAAGUGAGGUAGGUGGUGAAAACUUCUGGGAAUG